UUUUACUUCCUCGUGUCAUCAGAACGAGCAAUCGCAAAGCGCAUGGAGAAAGAAAUUGUAGUGGCGCGCGACCAGCGACAGCCCUGCAGCAAUGUCGCACCUCCUCGUCCAAGCGAGAUACAAGAUCGCUUUUAUUCCUAUCGUGUUCGGAGCUAACUUAUCUUCACAUAUAUUCAUUUUUCUCGCAGUGAUGACGAUGGCGAUCUUACAUCAAAAGGAAGCCCAAAAAUUGUCCAAAACAGAUUUCCUAUUUGCAUCAUGACACGCACCAGUUCGCCUAGCCUGUUUAAGUUCUUUCACCGUGGUCGCCUUCAUCGCAUUUUUUCAGGCUAAACCAAAAUGCAAAUAUCAUGCUGCUCUUCGGGUUGCAAACAGCACGCUAAAGAGGCGCUUGGCCUACGCUUAGAAAGAAAUUAGUUGGUUAGAAAGCCGAUGGCGUUUCUAGAAGUAAGUAUGAGUUGUACUAGUACAUCUACCUCCCGCUGCAGUACUAGACUGCAUCGAGUUAGUUGUUGAUACAGACGGGUCCCAUUCUGUUUUACAACGAUAUCGAAUUCAAAUAUCUGAACACCACCACACCCACCUGUUCGGGAGGACUUCCUCAUUCGUCUAACAACACAAAAAAUUGAAAUUAAGAUAAUCGGAAAAUCAAAAUGGUCGACCCGAUCUGGUACUCCAAAACGCGAGAGGUCGUGAGCUAUUGGAGCAAAGACGCCAGCCACGACUUGCUAUUUCGCGACGAGAUGGAUUUCUUCCGAGAGUUUAUCAGCGACGCACAAAAGCAGAUUGAAAAGCGGGAAAAAGAGCCACCACGUGACUGUCUCCGCGUCGACAGUCCCGCUGACGCUAAUAAAGUCAAAUCGACGACAUCGACAACUACUAGCAGUACCCAUCCCACGACCGAUGGCGCAGCCACGGUUGUACUAGCCGACCAGUCAGGGACUUCGACCAUGUUGAAGCGGCCCUUACCAUUAUCUGAAAACGAAGUGGAGGACGUCGGCGAGACAAAUAAACCCAGUAAGCGAAAGCGAAACAAGUGGGGCACCGAGUCCGUUUUCGUCGCCGACACGACAGCGCCGAAAGUAGAGUCCGCAGAAGAUGCGACGACGAAGAGGUACUCGCACAAUUACAGCUUGGACGGCCAUUAGAUUUCAGCAGAGUGAAUUUCAAGUGAUUUUAGGGGCCUGCCAGAAUUUAGUGAGUGGCGCCGCAACAUAUUUCCUGCUGCAAGUAUCGAAGCCCACCGAUGGAAAAACCGUAGCAGCGUACAUCUCAACAGGCUUCCGCUAGCGGCGGAAAUUUUCUAGGAAAAAAGCACGGGCUGGGGAGCCAUAAUACGUAGCUGCAUUUCCAACGCUCGAAUCCUAGCCCGGCCAGUUGCAAACUAACUUCGCGCGCUUCGUGUUGUUUUCUGGGUGUUUUGGCUGGUUGGCCGGGCUUUGGUGUCUGGAGCUGGCCGACGCCUUUUGCUAAGGCAAGUUCCAUUAAUUUGAUUUUUCGCGCGACCUUAAGAUGCAAUAGAAUUUCGGUCGUUUCGUAUUUGUGCGUGCAUGCUCCAAAGGUUUGGCACUUUCUUGAGCAAAUGCGACGGUCAUUGUUCUGGAUCAGAUUUUUUGGGUCCGGUGAAUUUAGAAAUGAAGGGCAAGAUGGGUGCUUGUUUUGUGGCGGCCGGGAAUCCAGAAUCAGGUGGGGGGAAGCUAAAUUCACCGGCCACCAUUUCCUAAAUUCACCGGCCGCCCAUUUCUAAAUUCACCGCUAAACUCACCGAUCGCAGCACACCAUCGGGAAAGGGGGUGCUUUUAACCUGCUUUUUGGCGCCAAACAGCACGGCACUCCGCAUCGAUGAUUUUUAGCAAAAAAGUCAUCUUCGUCACACCAUGGCGAUUGAUGUUUGAGUGGAAGCCUUUCCCGAUGGAAGUGGGUGCUGUUUUUGUGCGAUUUUUGUUGCCCAAAAUUGGGACACGGAAGUUGAAGGGUUAAGAAGGAAAGGAGAAAAUCAUGAAGCCAUCAAAUGAAUCCCUUUGCGAAAAAACAAGAAAUCAGAUGUGGUGGCUUGGGCGUUGCGCGGAGGGGGAUGGCCAUCAAUGUAAUGGAGCGAUAAUGACGAGCACAGUGAUGCCAUCGCCUCUAUUUUUGCUAGCCCUUGCCCCACGAACCACUAAUACCCGAAAGAGCAGCCCCCCAAUUGUGCGCCACCUCUAAAAUCACUGGAAAUUCACCGCCCCUAUAUCUAAUGGGCGUCCAAGCUGUAAUCGCACAACUCAACGAGCAGCAGCUCCGCGUACAAAAAUCAGCCAAAUCAUGAAACGACAGCAAGAAACACAAAUACAGCAAACCAAAGCAGCAAAAGCCAGCAAUUAUUCGAAAUCCCCUCCGACGCUGAGGAUGAAGAGAGACAGCACGCCGAGCUGGUGGAGGAGGAAAAUCUCCCGAAUAAUUGCGGCACAGAGCCGACGGCGAAGGAGCAAUCGAACUGUGCGGAGUGGAGCCAGACCGCGGCGGAAUCGGCGGAGUUCGGAGAUUUUGCAAGUGCUGUGAAGUACAUGACGCUCAUUCUGAAGCAGGGGCGGGGAACGGCCAUGCAGUUUGCAAAACGCGCAGAAUACUACUUGCGCUUGAAGAAGCCAGCAACCGCGGUCCGGGAUUGCAACAAGGCACUGGAACUAAACCCGGACUCGGCAAAAGCAUUUCGGGUACGGGGGAAGGCCAAUAGGUACCGAGGUCAAGAAGUCAUCAGAUUUUGAUGCGGAUGAGUUGCUUUUUUUUUAUUCCUUUUCCUUUUUUGUUUUUACCUACUGUUACUUCUUAACUAUGAUUUAGCAUAAUUUAUUCAGUUACAGGCGUGCGACCGAUACGAUUCUUUUUCCGAAAUACAAAUAGAAAACUGCAGCGCUGGGACGCCGCCCGUACGGACUUGGAGACGGCCCAGAAGUUGGACUUCGACGAGGACCUAGAGCCGGUGCGAAAAUUUGUGUUGCAGAAGUGGAAGAAGCUCGAGGAGGUCAGGGUCAAGAACCGCAUACGAUUCGAGGAACUGACGGCGAAGCAGAAGGAAGACAACUUACGCAGGGAAGUGGAGUUGCGAAGACAGCGGGUGUUGGAGGAGAGACAGCAACAGGAAAAGGCGCAGAAAGAAGCGAAACAGAAGAAAAAGGAAGAGGAGGACGAGAUGCUGAAGCGGGAGAAGCAAUUCGAAGCGUUUUUGUCGAAUCGGGAUUACGGUGGGGUCGGUCCGGCGACGAGACCGUUUCAGGGCAAUACGUACAAGUUCGCGGCGGUGCCACCGAACAUGGUGGGGCAGAUCGACCCCAAAGCCUACGGUGCUGCGGUGUCUAGUUCAUCCGGAAUGGCAAGCAACACAUCUGCUGGUGCGCCAGGGGUGUCUGCGGGAAAGGACAUCUACGCAGCCUAUGGUACUAAUCUGACUAGCGGCUCCGUGCUCGUGAUCCAGAUUUUUGCUGCUAGUGCGUGCAUGGUGAGCAUUAGUGGUCGCCGCUAUUUCAAAAAAUACUCCUUCACUUAGGGCAAUAAAUUACUAUGACUCAGCCUGAAGAUCAUGAUAUAAUUAUCCAUCGCUCAAAAAUAUAAUUGUCAGGUCGGCAACCUUCCGCGGCAACAGGGACGUCGUCUUCCGGUCCGAAGUCCAACCACUCGACGCUUUCCGAAUCCACAGCCGAUCUCCUCAGCGGCUUCUACUUCGACCCAACGCAGGACCUCUCGACCACCGGCGCGGAGAAGUUCGACCCCGGAUUUGAGGCAUUUGACCCCUGCGCGCGCCCGGACAUCGGGGAUGGGGCUCGGACCGGGGAAGGGAGGACGGGGAGAAGUGGCGGAGGUGGGAAAAAGAAGUAUGAUCCACCCGAGGAGUUUGUGAGUUUGUAAUCAAACAAAUCUGACAGCGACUAGGAGGACUUCGGCAACGACUACGACAUCACAUGGCACGGCCUGGGAAAGAAGAAGCUCGCAAUAUUGGGUGCUGACCACUUUUUCGUUUUCUGUGCUUGGUGGGCGUGGGCGUAGUCCUACAUGAUGAGCGCUUUAAUCCGUUGAUGCCGAUGCGUAUUGUACCACAACUGAACAGAAACAGAUGCAGAGUAUAGGCAAACGAGAAAAACAACAAUCCAAAUCCUGAGUAGUAAGCGACAGGGCCAUGCAGUUCGUACCAAGAGAGGAAACGAGAGGGAGGUGACAAAAGGAGGCGUUCUUUUUAGUGAUGAGAGAAGGAGGCGGUCAUUGAGAUAGAG